AGCGAAUACACUGUGGGAUGGAUCUGCGCUUUGCCAAAGGAGCAAACUGCGGCAACGGCCAUGCUGGAUCAAAGACAUGCCAGUCUUCCAAAGCCCCCGCACGACCACAAUACGUACACCCUAGGAUCUAUAGGCAAACACAAUGUUGUUAUAGCUUGUCUGCCCAAGGGCGGCAUCGGAAUUGCCACGACCGCGACUGCCGCCGCCAAGAUGGUUGAUACCUUUCCGUCCAUCAAGUUUGGUCUCAUGGUCGGCAUUGGCGGCGGGGUUCCACCCAAGGUCAGGCUCGGCGACGUCGUGGUCAGCAUCCCUGUGACUCAAUUUCCUGGUGUGGUCCAGUGGGAUUUUGGCAAGGCAGAAGUCGGCGGAGAGUUUAGACGGACUGGGUCACUGAACAACCCACCCACCUCACUCCGCACCGCUUUGACAACCCUUGAGACAGAACAUGAAUUGAACGGGUCGAGGAUAACGGAGUAUCUGGAAGAGCUAGGGAAGAAACAUCCCAGACUUGCCUCAAAGUAUCUACGUUCCGACUCGCUCGUAGAUGUUUUAUUCAAAGCAAACUGUACCCAUAUCAGCGAGGAAGAAGAGAGCUGCCGGAAUUGCGAUACGACCAAGAUCAUUAAGAGGAGGGCCAGGGAUAUGCGUGUGCACUAUGGUCUUGUCGCAUCUGGGAACCAGGUCAUCAAGGACGCUGCCCUGCGGGACAAAGUCAAUAAGAGUCUCGAGGGUCAAGUCCUUUGCUUCGAAAUGGAGGCGGCAGGACUGAUGAACGAUUUCCCAUGCAUCGUUAUUCGAGGUAUUUGUUCUUAUGCCGACUCGCAUAAGAACAAGGCUUGGCAGGAACAUGCUGCCGCUGUGGCAGCGGCAUUUGCAAAGGAACUGCUACAAUAUAUACAACCGAGUGAUGUUGAUGGAGAGAAGCCAGUUAAAGACAUCUUAAACCAGGCACAAAUUAAUCUCGAAGUAGUUAAUACAAACCUGGAGGUUACUAACUCCGGAGUUGAACGUCUUACAGUAUACAACCACCUCGAGAAGCUCAGGAACUGGCUCUCGCCAGCCGAUCCGUCAGCCAACUUCAACAAAGCACGGGAGGAACGGCAUCAGGGCUCAGGAAAGUGGUUCCUCCAAAGCCCAGCCUAUACAGCAUGGAAAGAAGAACAGCGCUCCUUUUUAUGGGUUAAUGGUAUUCCUGGAUGCGGCAAAACAAUCCUUAGCUCUACCGUCAUCGAGGAUCUUGAGAAAAGUGAAGCCUACAUGCAAAACCUCCUCUACUUUUACUUUGACUUUCAGGAUACCCAAAAACAGUCUCUCGAGAACGCAGUCUGCUCGUUAGUUGAUCAGUUAUACUGUAAGAGGAAGGAAGUUCGGGGACACCUGGAUUCGCUCUACACCUCUUGCGAAAACGGGAGGCGAAGGCCAACCAUCGAAUCACUAUGUGCAACCUUUCAGACUAUGCUAGAGCAGGCUAGUGAAGUGUGGAUUGUCCUCGACGCACUCGAUGAGUGUAAAACACGAAAGGGAUACCCAACUGGAGGACUCUUUCCGUGGAUCCAGCGCCUUCGUGGAUAUCAAAUGAAUCUUCACCUUUUUGUCACAAGCCGUCCGGAACAAGAUAUUAAAGAGACUAUCGAGAAUUGGGCGCGUAGCAAAGAUAUCAUUCCUCUCCAAAGCAACAUAAUAGCGGACGAUAUACGCGGAUAUGUCGAAGCAAGAGUUAGGCAAUCCGAUGGACUAAACCGGUGGCAAGGCAGGCCGGACAUACAAAGCAAGAUCGAGGCCACGCUGAUAGAAAAGGCCAACGGAAUGUUUCGCUGGGUCUCGUGUCAAUUCGAUACUCUAGAAAAGUUCUAUGGCCCUCAAGAAGUGCUAAAGGCACUCACAGACCUGCCGGAUACCUUAGAUGAGACAUAUGCUCGAAUUUUGAAAAACAUACCGUCCCUGCACCUACAUCACACGAAGCGAAUUCUGCAAUUCCUAAGCUUCUCCGAACGGCCAUUGCGGAUUGGAGAAGCUGUCGAUGCAAUUGCCGUAAUUAUUGAAAACAGACCUCGACUCUCUACUCAGAAUAGACUACCAGUUCCAGAGGAAAUAUUAAGAUACUGCUCAAGCUUAGUAGUAUUGAUCACGAGAAAAGGCAGCUAUGACGAAGAGGAUACGGUUACUGAGAUACAGCUUGCGCAUUUCUCAGUCAAAGAAUACCUGACGUCAGAUCGGCUGUACAAAAGCAUUGCCGAAGACUUCAAAGAGACCACUGCUAGAGGCUCUAUCGCGGAAGUCUGCCUUGCAUACCUGUUGGAUCUGAACAAAACAAGAGAGUUACGCUUUAUGGCACAGUACUCUGCACAGUACUGGGCAAGUCAUGCUGCAGUAGCUGAGGCCCACAGUGGAAGAGUCCAAACGCUAGCAAUGGAGUUGUUUUCCUGCAAGAACUCUUUCAAGACGUGCUGGAAUCUUUAUAAUUUCAAUGAAUAUAGAGACUUACCACCGGCAUUAUAUUAUGGAUCUAGGGCGGGGCUGACCAACUCCGUCCAGCAGUUAAUUGACAAGGGGGCCGACGUGAAUGCCCAGGGCGGAUACUAUGGUAAUGCUCUGGUGGCCGCAUCAUCCGGAGGCCACGAUAAGAUCGUACAGAUACUGCUGGACAAGGGGGCCGACAUGAAUGCCCAGGGCGGAAAGUAUGGUAAUACUCUGCAGGCUGCAUCAUCCAGAGGCCACGAUAAGAUCGUACAGAUACUGCUGGACAAGGGGGCCGACGUGAAUGCCCAGGGCGGAUACUAUGGUAAUGCUCUGCAGGCCGCAUCAUACGGAGGCCACGAUAAGAUCGUAAAGAUACUGCUGGACAAGGGGGCCGACGUGAAUGCCCAGGGCGGAAACUAUGGUAAUGCUCUGCAGACCGCAUCAUCGGGAGGCUACGAUAAAAUCGUACAGAUACUGCUGGACAAGGGGGCCGACAUGAAUUCCCAGGGCGGAUUCUAUGGUAAUGCUCUGCAGGCGGCAUCAUACGGAGGCCACGAUAAGAUCGUACAGAUACUGCUGGACAAGGGGGCCGACGUGAAUGCCCAGGGC